CUCAAUGAAAGUGGAGAAUUAAAAGGAAAGGAAGACACAAGGCGAAAGAAAGGGAAAACGAUGACAGGAAACGGUGUUGGUUUUCAGGUGUUUCAUGGUCUCACAAUCUAAAACAUGUCAGAACAUUAUUGGUUCGGAUUACAUCCCACAUGGUAUACGCAGGGUAUUGUAGACUUUCCCCUAAUGUUGUUUCUUUUGUUCACACAUCAUCAGGUUCUUCCUUCAUUUCAACACCAGAAACUGAGGGUUUCUAAGCCAUGGAUUUGAGUCCUAAGAAGGGAAUCCAGAAGAAGAAAGCCACCCCAGAAGCGGACGAUCUGCUUGUAAAAGGGAUGGAUCUUCUUCCAUCGGAAUUUACCAUCGAUUUUCUAUCGAGAUUACCCAUCACCUCCCCUGAGGAGGAGGGAAGAGAGAAGAAAAGAGUCAACCUUGCAGAUGAUCCUUCCAACAGAGCGACGGUCCAGAUAGAUCUUCAUCUUCUCCCGCCGGAGAUUGUGCUCGAAAUCCUAUAAGACUCCCGAUCGCCUCCCUGAUACAAUUCAAGGCCACUUCCCAUGCCGGCUAUGAUUUAGUGGCCGAUCCAAGACUCCCUUCGAUGUUCCGUAAUCGGCUAAGCGACUCAGACCCAUGUCUGAUCCUGGUCGACUACAAUUUCCUUCUCUCCUGGGCCUUGCAACUCUAUUUUGUGGAUAGUGAGGGUUGUAGUAGAAGGGUUAGGAAAAUCGAACCACCACAGCAUUCAGGAAUUGAUAAGCUGGUGUCUCACUGUCUGCUAAUUUACAAUCCUUUUGUUGGAGACGCUGUGAGAGUCCCACCAGCGAAUCGUUUUCCAUAUCAAAGUGAAGUUUUUGGAUUCGGGUUUCAUCCGAGGACAGGAGAAUUCAAAGUGGUCAGGAUUGUGUGGUACGAGAACGACACCGAUGAUGAAUCAAUGGUUCAGGUGUUUACCGUAGGAACAACAGAGUGGAGAAACAAAGGAGCGCCGCCUCCACAAUUGACGGAUGAAAUCGGGUCACCUGAGGCUCUAGUUGAAGGAUCUCUCCAUUGGGUGACUGUUGUUAGGGUAGGAGGGGUUAGUCCUAUCUUAGAUAUUAUCUCCUUCGAGCUUGCAGAUGAGGUGUUGGAAGAAAUUCCGCACCCACCUUGUCAACAACUUGUGUCAUAUGGCUACAGUCUUUCCGUGCUCAAUGGGUGUCUAACGGCAGCUGGGUUGGUUGAUACUUUGCAUUUUGAUAUCUGGGUGAUGAAGCAAUACCGUGUUAAGGAAUCUUGGGUAAAACAAUUCUCCUUUGAUCCCCGUUUUCCAGGUUGAUGGCCAAGCGUUUUCACAGUUAUAUGUGCACUGAAGAAUGGUGAGAUUCUGUUGCAGAAUGAAGACAGUUCUCUGGUUUCUUAUUAUCCUGUGGAAAACAGAUUCAAGACUCUUCAAAUAAGUGGGUUACCAAAUCGGUUCCAGGCACUUCCUUUUCUACCUUCUCUUUUCUCAGCAAAUGCAACCAUGAAUUUGCAAUUUUAACUUCUAUUUUUCUGUAAGACUCUACUACUAGUUUUUAGUUUGUGUUGAAUCUUAGAUCAUCAAUGCAUCAGUAACAGUUUACAUCAUCAUGGGUAACCUCUGUUGUAUGGCAAUGAGGCCCACCUGACUAUUAUCUGCCUUUUUCUGGAAAGGCAGUUCUGAAGAUCGGGGAGAUUGUGUUGUAGUGUAACAAGUGUUAUAAUGGUCCUCUUGGAAUGGUGAUUGAAGAUUUUGCUUCGAGCUGGGUGGAAAGAUUCAUUAGAGUUUUUUGUGUCCUGAAAGAACAGGAAGAUUGUGUUGUUAGCAUAACAAGAAAGCUCUGGUUUCUUAUGAUCCUAAAACUAACAGGUUCAAGGCUCUAAAGAUCAACCGACUCCCGGAGCAGUUCCAAGCUUUUGCGUUCCAGCAUACCCUGUUCUCAGUAAAGGAAACCUUUGAAAUAAUCUUCACAACUCUUCUUUAGUAUACGGAUAUAUAAUUUCCUCUGCUUUAGUCAGGCUUUCAUUGUUUAUAUAAUUGAUUAAUUAAUCAUGUUUUUGUAG